AUGACAACAGCAAGAAUAAGCCUACUAGGCCGAUCAUGGCUUUCGUGGACAGCUGUUUUGGCGACUCUGGCCCAUCCCUCCGUCCAGCAACGAGAUCCUGUCAAGGAUUUUUGUCGAAGAUUUGGACACCAAACAGCAGUGGUGGAUCGCAAAUUGUACAUUGAUGGAGGGCUUGUCAACUGGAAAUCCAUGGACACCGACCCCGGGAACGAUACGAACUCAUGGCUUGUAUGGCACGAUCUCGACAAUGCUGAUCUUGGCAUGCCGCAAAUACACGCCAAUCUUAGCAAGAACACCUCAAUCCCUUCCGUACACGGCGGAGCCCUCUGGGCAGAUGAUGUCAACUACCGCUUAUUUCUUUUUGGGGGCGAAUUCUACAGCGACAAUCCGACAACUUCAAGCAUGAUGUCAUAUGAUAUUUGGUAUGACCAAUGGGAUGAUUUUGGGCCUCCCCCUGCAGGUAUUCAGCGUGUCAGUUAUGGAGCUUCUACAAGUGUUAUGGAGCGCGGAGAAGGUUACUACUAUGGGGGCUAUCUCUCGAAUGCCUCCAUGCCGGACUGGAACGGUCGCCCACGUGCAACAUCGAAUCUAGUUCGCUACAAGAUGGACGGCAAUUUGUGGACCAAGCUCGCGGGACCAGACGAUAUCAGACGAGCCGAGGGUGUCAUGGCGUUUAUCCCUGCCAGUGACGGUGGUAUGCUGGUAUAUUUCGGCGGCGUCCAGGAUCCUUAUCGCAACGGCACAGUGAUUCCGCAGCCGAUGGACCAAAUAUUUCUCUACGAUAUCAUAUCGAACAAAUGGCACGUCCAAGAGGCCAGUGGCACCAUUCCUGAACACCGGAGAAAGUUCUGUGCUGGAGCCGUGUGGUCGAAGGAUAGAAGUAGUUACAAUAUCUAUCUCAACGCCGGUCUAGGCUUUGGCGGAUCUGGCUUUGAUGACGUCUACGUCCUCUCUCUUCCCUCUUUCACAUGGAUCAAAAUCUACCCUCUCGACCGGAAUGGGACAGGCAAAUACCCCUCGCACAGCCUGUCCUGUAACAUCGUCAACGAAGGGUCUCAAAUGCUCACCAUCGGAGGCUCGUUCCCCAACGACAACACAUGCGACUACGAGCAAGUCUGGGGGGUCCACAACGUCGAUCUCGGUAACCGAAUCAAGGGCAACUUCCAGAAAGUGUGGGCAGAGUAUAUACCUACGCUUUUCGGGUACAAGGUCCCCGAGCUUGUGACCAGCGUCAUCGGCGGAACCAAAGACGGAAGCGCCACUAAGAUGACGCCUGACGCCGGAUUCGCGGACCAUGAUAUUGGCAUUCUGCUUGGCAUGAAAGCCCCCUUCCCGACUCGCACGAGGGCGAAUGAUGGGCGCACCGCCCCCGCGACUGCAACAGUGAGCAAAACUCCGGAUUCGAAGUCUGGUCCUUCCGGGAGCGCAAUCAUCGGCAUUGCUGUCGGGGGCAGCGUCGUUUUGCUUGCCCUCCUUGCGGGUCUGUGGUUGCUCAUCAGAAAACAAAAAAGAAAGUCCAACGCCCAGCCUGUCGCGCCGACGGAACCGCUCGUCCCAACGCCGCAUACACCGCCGUUCAGUCCCUACCACUCUACCCAGUCGCCGGACAGUGGACAGUAUAUGAGCCCAAGGACUCGAGAAGGUGAUGGGGAGGUCCCGGUCCACAAUCGGGACUGGAGAUCGUCCUCGGCAAACUCACCGCCGAGCGAGAUGGAUGGCCAAGACCUCAGGAUUGCUGAGUUGGAUGCGGAGAAUUAG